AUGAGUAAAAAAGGUAGAUCUACGUCGAGACCUCCACUAUUUGAUGGAACAAGUUAUCGAAGUUGGAAGAACAAAAUAGAAGCCUUUAUGAUGUUACAAGGUGAAGAUGUUUCUGAAGCUGUUGAAUCUGCAUGGUCUCAUCCCAUAAAGACCAUCAAAGAUGAAGACAAUAUCAUCUCUCUUGUGAAGAAACAAAAAAGAGAAUUGACUCUCAAUGAAAAGGCUGCUGCAAUCGCUAACUCGAAAGCUCUUUUUUCGAUCUUCAACACUGUAGAUGAAUCUCAAGAGAAGCUAAUAUCCAACUGCAAAGUUGCUAAGGAAGCAUGUGACAUUCUGGAAAAUGCAUUCGAAGGUUCUGUACAAGUUCGAGAAUCAAAGCUGGAUCAUGUUGAAACUUUGUUUGAAGGACUGAAGAUGAAUGAAGAUGAAACUAUUGUUGUUUAUCAUAACCGAUUCAUGGAUGUUGUGAAUCAAGCUGAAGCUCUUGGAAUGCACUUUGAAGAAAAGAGACUGGUGAGGAAGAUGCUUAAAAGUCUCACAAAAAAUUUUAGGCCCAAGGUGAUUAUGCUCGAUGAACCACCAAAACUGAGAAAUAUGACAUUGGAUGAAUUGUAUAGUACUUUGGUGGGCUAUGAAAUGAACUAUCUCGAAGACGAAGCACCCAAAAGUGUGGCUCUGAAUGCUGAAGACUUGGAGAUGAUAGAGUCUAAUGAAGAAAUGGCACUACUGAGCCGUAAACUUUCUCGAAUGAGCAGUGAGAAACGAGCUGCCAAGCUGAAGUUUGGGAAGUUUCAAAACAGAAAUAGCUAUCAGGGAGGAGAGACAGUUCAAGAACCCACCUGUUAUGGAUGUGGUGGUGUUGGACAUAUUAAAUCUGAGUGCCCAAUGGUAAAGAAAAAUGAGAAAAGAGCAUAUCAAGCUACCUGGAGUGACAAUGAAGAUGGUGAAUCUGCUGGUGGUGAUGAGCAGACUGAGAAUCAUGAAGUUGUUGCAUUCAUGGCAAAUGCUGAUGAAUCCAGUGAUGAAAAAGAAGAAUUUAGUUCUAAAAAUACUGUUGAGUCAAGGGAACUUGAUGCCGAUGAGUUGAUUGAGGCUUAUGAGGAGAUGGUAGUCGAACAAAAGAAAGCUGUUGUGAAAAAUAAAGAACUUCUGGAUACCAUUUAUCGUUUGGAGGAUCAAAAGGAGAAACUUGAAGAUGAACUUGAGAAGUUGAUUAAGAUUACUGAUAAUAAAUUUGCUGAGACAGAGAGGUUGAAGUCAGAGAAUCUGAAGUUGAAGGAUGAAAAUGAUAGACUUCGGAAAGGAAAGGAAAAAUUAGAUGAAGUCCUUUCAAUUGGUGGUCUGCUUACUGAUGUCAAACUUCGAGAGAAGAAAUCAACACAAGUCUGGAAACAUAAUCCAAGGAAGAGAAGAAGCAGAAACAGGAACAGAAACCGCAGAGGAAUUCAAAAUGAUAAGUCGAAGCUGUCACAACCUACUGACUGUAAGUACUGCAUGUAUCCUGGUCAUUCGGCUGAGAAAUGCUUGAAGCUGGCAAAAGACGUUAUCAAUGGAAGACACAUUCAAUGGCCUACUGAAGGUUUCAAACAAAACAUAAAAUUCAAAUUGGUGUGGAUGCCUAAGGAAACUCAGAAACAGUUGGAGUGCAAUAUGAUCUUGUCAAGCCAAGAGUUACCAGAGCUGAUCGAUGGUACUUUGAUAGUGGUUGGUCAAGGCACAUGA